GUAAAUAAAGUGAAAAGCGAUUUGGAGAAGUGACAGAAGGCACCGAUUCGAGACGGUCCAAAGGCGAUUGCAACGUCUUGAAAAAGCGUCAAAGAGCCCAGGCAAUUGCCGUUUAUUGCUGAGCAAUUGCUGAUUGAAGUGAACUUAAACAAUUUCUGCCAUACACCGUACCCGUCGCACCUGCCAGCCUGCACACCUGCGCACCUGAGCCGUGUGCCCGAAGGUUAACCGCAUCUUUACAAGCUUUCGCGUCUGCGUCACUGCCUCAAGAAUGUGUUAACUCGGUAUUUCGAAAACCACCAGCCGCUUACCGCCGGACGACACGAGAUUUGCAUAAAAAGUUACCAGCAAAAUGAUUGGAAUGCGGCAGUAUCGAAAGCGCGUAGAGCUCAUCCUGAUGGUCUUCAUCGGCCUCGCCUGGGGCAUCCUCUUAUCAGAGCUAACACGAAGAACCCGCAGGCAUGAAGGAUUGCGAAACAAUCAGGAAAUAGAUGAAGGUGCCAACAGUCUUCUCUUCCCUAGUAGUCGCAUAAGCAGCUCGUAUCCCACUUCUCCACCCAUGAGUUCGUCAUCGAUGACCACGCCUGUCAACACCAGUGAGGACUCUGUAACUUUUGCCACUCGCCUUUUUAACGAGACCCGAGUACUGUGCCUGGUGCUGACCAGCCCCAAGAGUCAUAAAAGCCGCGCCUUUCACAUACAACGUACCUGGGGCACACGCUGUCACAAGCUGAUCUUCAUGAGCACCAAAGAGGACAAGGAGCUGGGUGCCGUGGCGCUCAAUGUGCGGGAGGGCUACUGGAAUCUCUGGAGUAAAAUGCGGGCCUCCCUGCAAUAUGUGUACAAGCACCACUUCCAGAACUAUGAUUGGUUCCUAAAGGCCGACGAUGACACAUUUGUGGUAAUGGAGAACCUGCGCGCAUUUCUACAUGCCCACAGCCCAAAGUCACCAGUUUACUUUGGCAACCAGCAUGUGAAGCAGGGUUACAAGUCGGGCGGAGGGGAAUAUGUUCUGAGCAAUGCUGCCCUGCACAAGUUCAUGAAAUUCGCCUUUGACAACAGCAGCAUCUGCAGCAAACUGAUUAUUGGAUACGAGGAAGUGGAACUGGGACGCUGCCUGCAGUCAGUGGGCGUGGUAUCCGGGGAUUCCCGAGAUCAGCAGGGACUAAGCCGCUUUACACAUUUGUCACCUCUACACUGGUUCAAUGACUCCCGGAACUACACUACCUCAAAUGACACCAAUGACUGGUUCUCAAAUUCGGCCAUCUCCUUUCAGUCUAGCAAUGCCAAGGAGUUUUAUAUUCUGGACUAUAUAAUAUACAAGCUAAAAUCUUUUGGUAUCAACAAGAGUCAGGAGUUUUUGAAUUCCAAUCUGGAUGGCUUAGAAACUAGGCGCAGUUCAAAGCUUGAGAAUGUUGCUCCCAGUAAAAUGAAUACCCACAAAAUGACGCCUGGAAACUAUGUCACAAAAGCCAAAUAUAAACCAAAGUCAAAGGUUAACCCACAAGCAGAGAAAUAAUUAACUAUUGACUGCCAAAAACAGA